UCAUAUAAUCGUAGAGCUUCGUCGCGCCGUUAGCGCGGGAACGCGGCUCAAUCAGCCACUUGUGGCUGACUGCUUGUGGCGCGACCGCGAUUUUCGAGACCAUGUCUCCUUGCCAGAAAUAGCAACUGGACACGCAACCUUCAACAUUCACCCCUUGCGCGAGAUAUUGGAAAGAGGAGGGUUAUCGCACUCGACAGCCCUGGGUCACGACUACUCCAUGAUUUUACGGCAAGAACAAUAUUGGGCAGCAGCGACCACAACGGCAUCCAGCGCAUACCAACACCAUGGACGUAAACCCGGCCGUUGAGCCAGAACUCGAUGGCUUCAGCCGCGUGUUGCCAUUGCCCUACCGGGUAGCCUUUAUCAUCGUCCUUGGCAUCUGGGCAUGGGGCCUCAACCUCCACUACCUCUCUCUAAUCCGCAUCGACGUCCCCUCCCUGAUCCGCUACCCCUCUCGCACCUCACCGCACCACCUCCCGCACCACCUCUCGACCUACCGCAUCGCGACAUUCCUCUCAAUCCCGCUCGGCAUCUCACUCCUCCUAUUCUGGACACUCACCAGCGGCAGCCCCACCGACAUCGCAGCCUGGGAAAUUUUGCCAAACCUAUACCUCCUCAUGCUCGUCGUGGGUUUUAUCGCACCCCUGCCCUUCGUCUCACGCGCCGGCCGCAGCAGGACGCUCUCAACGCUGAAACGGAUAAGCAUCGGCGGGAUCGCAGAGGCCGCAGACGGGAAGUUCGGGGACGUACUUCUUGCUGAUGCGCUGACGAGUUAUGCAAAGGUGCUUGGCGAUUUGUUCGUGAGCCUGUGCAUGUUCUUCUCGUCCUCGCACAGCAGCACAGGCCCGCCGAAUCGCAGUUGUGGAGGCGCGUUUUGGGUGCCAUUUGUGAUCAGCAUACCCUCGCUGAUUCGGCUGCGGCAGUGUAUCACGGAGUAUUUCCGUGUGCAGCGGGCGAAUGCGCAAACGGGGUCCAUGUCGAAGGCGAUGGGCUGGGGUGGCGUGCAUCUUGCUAAUGCGCUGAAAUAUAGCACUGCAUUUCCAGUCAUCAUCCUAAGUGCCCUGCAGAGGACGCCGGAGCCGGAUAAAUUUGGGGUUAGCGAGGCGACGCUGUUCAGGAUGUGGAUGGUUGCUGUGGUCGUCAACUCUGGAUACUCGUUUUGGUGGGAUGUGAUGCGCGAUUGGGACCUGACGCUGUUCUCGCCGAGGGAGAGGAACAAUCCAGAGUAUCCCUUUGGGCUGAGGCGACACCGAUACUUUCACGCAAAGGAGUUCUAUUACGCUGCGAUCGUUAUGGACGCGUUGUUGCGCUGUACGUGGAGCUUGAAGCUCUCGCCGCAUUUGGACCAUUUCAACGAUCUCGAGGGAGGCAUCUUCACCAUGGAAGUUCUUGAAGUGUUGAGAAGAUGGGUGUGGAUUUUCUUCCGCGUAGAGACAGAGUGGGUGCGAACCCACCGUGGUCCGGCUCCAGAUGACAUCCUGCUUGGCGACGUAGGCUCAAAUCGAUACGACGACAGCGAGACAGAUCGCUCAGAUUAGAUAGAUACCCAUAGACUACAUUUCUGCUUCUACAAUGAUACCCCUACAAGCACCUAACGCUACUCCAUGAUGUUUAAAAACGUAUUCUCAUGUUCUGUUGAG